AUGAGCGACGAUAAAUACAUUAUUGACUUUGACUGUUGUGGAGUCGUGGACAAAUGGGAGGCUCGAUUUUACAACGUUUCCGGCACUAGAACGGUUUAUUUCCAGGUUUGGAGACCAGUCACUGCCGGUAGUUCCACAAUGGAACUUGUUGGACAGAACUCAAUGACUGUAUCAACAGAUGGCACAGAUUCAGUGAACAUUGGUCAAUCAGAGAGAAUUACUGUCAAGUCUGGAGAUAAAUAUGGUUGGUGGAGUGAAGGAUAUGAUUUGAUAACUUACAAGAAAGGUGGUGGUGAAAAAGAUAAUAACUUGAUGAUGACCUUGACCUCACCUUCUGAGGGAGCUACCCUAGACUGGUCCGGAUCGAACGUAGAAAAUGACCGAACGUAUGCAAUAAAGAUGGGAGUACGAGACAAUACCGAGCCAUCGUUCACAAAUUUGCCAAAUACUGUCAACAUAAUCGCUAAUACUGCUUCCGGUUCAUUUGUUUAUGAUGUAAGCGUCACAGAUGUCGACACAGACGACAUAAGCACCCUCAGCGUUAUCAUGACCGCCAAUUCUGACUACAGUUUUGAUGUAACAACGUAUGAAGUAACUACGGCUGCGACGUUUGAGUUUUCAGAUGUGGACCUUCUAGAGUUUGUAGUAACAGAUCAGUACAAAAGGGGAGUGAUGGCCAUAUGGUUAAGGUGUCUGCCUCUCAACCAAGGAUUAUUGGUUCGAACCCUACUUAGGCAACGACCAUAUUUCUUCCAGGAAGCGGACUCGAAACCUCCAACUAUAACCAACCUUCCAGCCACCAGUUCCAUAAGCGAGGACGAAACGAUUGCUACGUCAUUAUUCACAGUAAACGUCACCGAUCCCGAGGGAAGCACAACCACGUGCAUUAUUGACAGCACAACACCUGCAGGAGCACCAUUCAACAUUGGAUAUAUAGAUUUUAAUUUGGAACGUUUUGAAACUUUUACUUUUAUAGACAAAAUCAUUAGCAGUGAUGCAUCUCCUGGAUUUGAUUAUGCAACUUCAAACUCCUACACCUUAUCAAUAGAGUGUACGGACGGACAAUACACAGACAGUGAUAUUUUCAUCGUAUCUUUGGUCAAAAAUGCGGAACCUAUCUUCCUCAACCUUCAAAAUUCCACGUCUAUUUCAACAACAGAUACAAUCGGCACUAAUGUGUUUACGGUACUUGUUUACGACAUCGAUGACGUAUCGUUUACAAUGACGUGUGUGCCUUCACCAUGUCCCUUCACAAUAUUUGCUUCUGGACAAAUACAGAUAACGGAGGACAUGUCAGGACAUACAACUGUUGGAUAUGACGCAUAUAUAACUGUUUCUGAUGGAAAAAAUACAGUUGGUCCAAAAAUCCUUACAAUUACGGUAGCAGAUAUCAACGACCCGGUUAUUAUUUCAAAUCUCCCCUUGACGAUAACUGUUGUGGAAAACACGGCUGUUGGAACAGUUGUUUUCAACGUUUCUUACAGUGACAGUGACACUUUUCAGGCUCAUACAUUUUCAAUGGCUACAUCUGGAACUGGACUGACAUACUUCAGCAUUUCAUCAACUGGACUAGUAUCGAUUUUAACUGCAAUUGAUUACGAAACAAUCGGAACAACAACAUUUCCUUUUGACGUCACUGUCUCUGAUCCUGUGACGUCAGACACCAAGACGCUCACGAUUGAAGUCAUAAAUGAAAAUGAGGAACCUUCAUUCAGCCAGACCAGCUAUACAAUCUCCACAUCAGAGGGAAAUGCUGGUACUGUGAUAGGAACGCCGCCAUUUGGUAUAACCGACCCUGACACCGAUGAUACAAAAACAUUGUCCAAUGAAUGCGGUGCAUAUACCGGAUAUUUCGUCAUGGAUUCAUCCGGGCAAGUGAGCUAUCAAUCCGACUAUGACCUUGACUCUGGAUCUCUACCAGCCAAUUGUAAUUGUACAGUGACGGUGACCGAUAGCGGGGGCCUUACAGAUACAGCAAUUUUGACAAUAACAAUAUCUGAUGCUAACGACAAUCCACCAGUCUUCUCUCCUACGACUUACAGUUUCCACGUCAGUUACUAUGCCUCAACCGGCACCUCCGUUGGCACAGUCACCGCAACUGACGCCGACACCGGUCCUUAUGGCGUCAUAACGUACACGUUAGACCAGAGUAGCCUGUCUUUGGAAUAUUUUGGCAUCAGCAAUACUGGCGAAAUAACAGUGCUUUUGACACCACAGGGCAGUGAUUUAGCAUUCGGCACUUCAGUCACAGUUACAGCUACGGCUUCAGAUAUAGGAGCCAGGACAGAUACAGCGUCUGUUGUCCUAAUAAUUUCCGGUACUACGACCACAAGUACGACAACCACCACGGAUAGGUAUCGUUCUUUCCUGGAAGACAAUAAGAAUAUCGCAUGGUUGUCGGCAUGUAUUGCUGCCCUACUUGUCUGUAUUGGCGUUCUUGCUUACGUCAUUUUCACGUGCCAUGGAAAAAAUGGGUGUGGUCAAUUUAAAAGAACAUUUUGCAAACGAAAGCAUAAAAGUUUUGGCCAUAAAAGAAGGAAGUAUUCAUUGGAUUCUAUCGCAGAGGGCUCUUCUUGGAACAAAAGGGGCCGACUUGAAAUAAAUCCAAGGAGACCACCGCCAAACCCUAUACGUAUGCAAGCUUGGAGAAAAAAUAUGGUGUAAACUCAAAAAAUGAAAAGAGAUGUAAAUUUUAUCACAUCUGACGCAUGUAUUUGUUAUACAUAAGAUAGGAUGACGUCAUGACUCAUAAUGCGAGAAUAUAUUGAAAUCCUUUGAGUAGCUAACUAACAAAAAAUGACGGUUGCCUAUAAAUUGAGUGAUAGGCAAAAACACCAGAGACGUAAAUAAGAAAAAUCUCAUUUGGCUUUCAUCGAUAGUUACGUCGUAACUGACGUCAUUUUGAUGCAAUGCAUCUCAAAACAGUCAAAACUUUUAUUAAGAUAUGUCCAUUAGGAAUGGUCCUUGUCGACAAAUUUCCACAAAGAAUUUAUUAUGUACUUGUAAAUAAAAAGAACGAAAUGAAUCGUU